CUUGAUGGCUACCAACACGAGCAGCAAUACCAGCAAUAGCACGACCAGCAAGGCCAGCUCAGUGCCACUAGCUACAUCAGAAUGUGUACCCUGGCUUUUUGUGCUCAUCAUUGAAUGUGUGGCCAUAGUCAUCCUUAACAUCCUCACCAUUAUUGUUUUUGUGAAGCAGCGCCAGCUACAGCGCCGGAGUACAUAUUUGAUCAUACACUUAGCGAUAGUCGAUCUGUUGGUCGGGGGGGGGUCUCGGGACCCAUGUUUAUCACGGUUUCUGGAAUUUGAUGCCAUAGCCCUAAUAGGGAAUCAAAGGUUUUUCGGAAGAAACUUGAUGGCCACCAACAUUAGCAGCAAUACCGGCAAUAGCAUGAGCAGUAACACCAGCUCAGUGCCACCAGCUACAUCAGAAUGUGUACCCUGGCUUGUUGUGCUCAUCAUUGAAUGUCUCACCAUAGUCAUCCUUAACAUCCUUACAAUUAUUGUUUUUGUGAAGCAGCGUCAGCUACAGCGCCGGAGUACAUACUUGAUCAUACACUUAGCGAUGGUUGAUCUGUUGGUCGGGGGGGUUUCGGGACCCGUGUAUUUCACAGGGAAGGUGAUAUCGUGUGGCCAGUGGAGAUAUCAUCCAGGCAUCUCCGCGAGUACACUAUUCCAGUUUACCUCAGUAAUGAAUCUUGCCGCUAUUUCACUUGAACGCCUGCACGCCACAUUUCGCCCAAUACAACACCAGUUUCUCAGCAACUUGCACUACGGAGUGAUUAUUUUCGUGAUGUGGUUUAUCUCUGUGGUAACAUCCUCCAUUCCAGUUGUAUUGUACGGACUGCUUAAAUGGAGUCUCGAGUUAAUAAUGUACUAUUACUACAUUCUUUAUUCUAUAUAUUUCUUCUUCAUCCUUGUGAUUUCUGCUUCGUAUAUCUCCAUUUUUGCCAAAGUACGAUGUAGUACUCGCCCACGUCAUAACGGAACAUCUAAUCGAGAACAAAGGCUUACAGCAACCUUGCUUAUAAUGACCUUGGCGUCAUUACUGACAUGGCUGCCGGAAGUAAUUUUCUUUUAUAUUAAAACCACAAGUUAUUUUGAUGGAUACAUGAAGAUAUCGCUACAGACAAGGGUUCGAACUGGAUUUAUCCUGAGUACAAUAACAACAGCUAACUCUUUGGUCAACCCAAUCUUGUACGCCGCCCGAAUGGCGGAAUUUAGAACAGUUUUGAUGCAACUCUUUAGAAGAAGGGUAAUCCAGAGAGAAAGUCAAGAUAUUCAGUUAAACCUCAGGAUGCCAUAA